AGAAAGCAGUUUUUACUUCACUGUUCCAUUCUGUGGGGAGGAUUCCAUUUCAUUAUUACUUGUGCCUCUUGAACCAAGGGAGAAAGGAAUGGUUGUUCUGGUCACGAUUGGUUCCACAAUCCAAGAGUUUCUCGUAAAUGGCCGGAGAGGAUCGCAUGUGUUGGUACACGACAAGAAAUGUACCUGGAAUACAACUAGUGGGUCAUCAGGUAUAACUGUGAAGACGCCGGCGCCCGUGGUUCUCUACGUUGAAACUCGAGCGAGCACAUUCCUUGUGCCUGCUCGUCAGAAUUUGGGAACAAGCUACACUGUGUUGACGUUCUGGAACGAGAAUUCUCCUUCUCAGGAUGAAUUCGAGUCGUGGUUUGUCGUAUCGGCGCCCUCGGACUAUACGGCAGUGUUAAUAAAUUCUGAGGAUGUAAAACAGUUUUCUUACUCUUUCCACGUGACCUGGUUUCAUAGAGACAGUCUCUAUCAAUUUCUUCUGAAUGAGGGAGAUUCUCUGUUUGUUCGCUGUAAAUUUGACGUGUCUGGGAUAAGGAUCAACGGAAGUAAACCUAUUUUUGUUGCUAUGGGUACAAUAUACAAAGAAGAAGUUCGUGUUACUGUUGCCCCACCAAGAGCAAAGUGGGGGCAAAAGUAUUUCACUCACGACUCAAGUUCCUUUAGAAUUGUUGGUGACCAUAAUACAUCUCUGAGAAUAAGAACCUCAACAAACACGACAAAAGCCCACCACUACACGUAUUUCCCAGCGUUUCUCUCUCUGUUUGAAAAUGAAAGCUCGCCGAUUCUUUUGGAAUUUUCAAAACCUGUGCUGUUACUUCAAAGACUUCUACUAAAACACCAUAAGGAUGCUAUAUACCAGAGGGUGUACGUAACACCUGUUUCCAUGUACAUCCAAACAAAUCUAUUUUCAAACGACACGGAAUUUUGUUUUCGCAAACUUUCUGUAUGCCCGUCAGAUGACUUUCUAUCUAAUGCAACGGAAAUUGCACGCGAUAGUUUCACCACCGAGAAAGAACAGUUCUCAAGUCUUACCGCGUACUCCGACAAAUCAGAAACCCACACACUUGUAAAAGAGUUUAGGCGAACCUACAACAGCGGGAUAACAUUUUCAGGCUACAUUCACUGCAGACCAAACAGAAGAUUCUACACAGUACCGGCUGCUUGGCAUAUAUAUCCAUGUCUAAUCACCAAAGAAACUACAUGUAACAGAAGUGUUUCGUCAUACAACGACGGGACUUUUGUCCAGCUGAUUCAUGGUCCUUACAUACCGGCCUCCUUGCAGUUGGUGACGUUUUCUCUGAUCACGGGUAUCGGGGCUGCAGCAGUGUUUAUUGCCCUGAUGUACAUAGUGGACCUAGUUAGAACUAGAAUCAGAGGGUCAGUCCGUGUACGUCCUCUCGUAGAAUAG